CCUUUCCCUCCCCACACCCCCGCCGCCCCUCUCUCGCCGCCUCCCAUCUCCGGCCCCCUCUCAUCCGCAUCAAGAGACCGCCUCCUUGAAGCUCGUCUGCCUCUGCCAUGGGUUGCUGUAAUAGUUCCCUCUCGCAGCAGGGACACUCCGAUCAGGAGGCCCCCCUCCUCAAUGUCGACGAGCGCCAUGCCACCCAGACCCUGGUUCGCUACACUCAACGGACACAAUAUUCCUCGAGUAUGAUGAACAACCAUGACGAGGUGACUCUCGAUCAGGCUCUUUCCGCCGUCAGCGUCCUCUGUUAUUCCAACGAGCUGAGCAUGAAGCGCUCGGCCUCUCUUUUCUACCUCAACUUGAUCAAGGAGGAGGGCUUCCGUGCCACCCGCGAGACCCUUAAGCCCCUGAUGAACCUCCUCACUUGCGAUGACCUGGAAGUCCUGCGCCCGGCCACCAUCGCCCUCGGCAACCUGGCCGCCACCGACUCCCGCAACAAGACCCUCAUCGUCGAGCUGCAGGGCCUGCGCCUGCUGACCAACCUCCUGAUCAACCCCAGCUCCGACAUCCUGUGCAAUGUGUGUGGCUGCUUCACCAAUCUCAGUUCCUCCGACGAGAACAAGUCCCGCAUCGUCGAGUGUGGGGCCCUUCCCUUCCUGGUGGCCCUGUGCUCCUUCCCGGAUGUGCGGGUGGUGCGCAAUGCCUGCGGCACGCUGCUGAAUCUUUCCCAGCAUCGGCCCAACUGCCAGCACCUCAUCCGGGCCGGCUGCCUUACGGUCUUCAUCACGCUCCUGUCCUCCGACGAUCCGGACACCGUGAAGUAUGCCUCGGCUGCCUUGUCCAAUCUGGCCGUGAUCCCGGACUACCGUCGCGAGAUGCUCCAGUACAUCCACCCCCUGCUGACGGGUCUGGUGCACUGCAUCAAGGGGUCGGCCUUCGCGCUGCAGCCCUCGCUGCCGCACAUCCAAACCCAGGCGGCGCUGGCACUGCUGAACCUGGCGUCAGAUGACAUCUACCAGCUCCGGAUUGCCAAUGCCGGGGCCAUCCCCUACCUGUUGAAGAUCCUCCAGCAGGAUACCCCUACGCUGACCCUGGCCUCGGUGGCCCUGCUGCGCAACCUGUCCAUCCACCCGGAUAAUGAGGCAGAGCUGGUUCGCGGCAACUGCAUUCCCCUGCUCUUGGGCCUCAUUGAGAAGACCCUCGACCAGCUGGAGGACCACCCGGCCAAUGUGACCGGGGCCAUUCGCAACUUCUUCGAUCUCAUUUGCCACUGCGUGUCCUGUUUGCGGAACAUCUCCACCUCGGACCAGAACCGCGAGGCCUUCCUGGAAAGCCGUGGGGUGGAGAUCUUCCGGCGGAUUUUCCUCCUCCCCCCGCGUGUCAACAUCCCGGACCUGGUUUUGUGUGAGACCGCCGCCGCGGUGGCCAUCCUCUCGCUGACCGGGACCGUGCGCGAGGAACUGCUUCUGGCCCACACCAAGGGCCCGGCCGGGCCUUCGGCCGGUCUUGAGACCAGCACCCUGUUCCUGCUGACAGAGAUGCUGUCUUCCGGCAAGCCGGACCUGGUGGCCAACUGCGCCGCGGCCAUCGGCAACCUGGCACCCAGCCCCACUUGCCAACGCCAGCUUCGCGUUCUCUGGCCCCAAGUGUCCACAUACUUCCUGAACCUCCUUCUCUCGGAGAAGUCUUCUUCCCUUCACAUCGCCAUCUGGACCCUGUCGGAAUUCUCCUCCAAGAGCGACAUCAAGGACCUGAUCACUUCCGACCAGCGGAUCUACAACAAGAUCGUCGAGCUGUCGAAAAUCCAGCCUCCGCCCCUGGCCUCGGAGGGCGAUGAUGCUUACUACGAGCAGUACCUCCUCAACGAGGUGUACCGCUUCACCACCACCAUCAUGGAGAACUUGGCCACGCCCUGAUCGGGGAAAGGAGUCAGGCAUAUGCUGCACCGCGGGGACAGCAAAGUGCACACAAGGGGGCAGCGUACGCGUAUGCAUGUUGCACGACAGCAGCCAGGAGGCCCGGAGGGCGGAAGCAGCAUGACAUCAACAUGCACGCAUGCCUGCUACUCUCUCGCCCCUGCUCUCCCCCCCCCCCCUCCCCC